ACUAUCUUAUGGGAAGGUAGUUGAUUGGACUCUUUAUAAACCACCAAGGACUCAGCCUGUUCCAAGCAGCCGGAUCCCCUAGUACAAGGAAACAGUAGGCCGGGCCUUUGAUCUCUCACAAGGAAUCAAAGCCGAGUUGGGGUUGGAAGAGAGUUACUUCCUCCCUCAACUCCCCAGAGGCACUGAAGUAUAGGGAACGAGAGCCUGCCUCUUCGAUCUCAUUCUCAACCGCACAAGCCCCUCCAGGCCCCCAUCACAGGCCGAGCCUGGGCAGCUGUCUCGGCCGCUCUGGCGGCUGCCCCCAGACAGUGGUGACGCACUGCUGUUCUUGCCCAGGCACCGUCGGAGGGGCAGAUGUGGCUGCCUGCUGACUGGAAAUCAUGGCACCCCUGUCAUGGGAAGAAACGCUCAUGUUAUCUUCAGGGAGUUUCAGAAGGUUUUUGGCUCAAGGUGGAGAGAGAUUUUGAAAGGGAGUAUGGAAAACUCCAGCAGCUGGAAGAGCAGACGAGGAGGCUGCAGAAGGACAUGAAGAAGAGCACUGACGCUGACCUGGCCUUGUCCAAAUCUGCUGUGAAGAUAUCCUUGGACUUGCUCUCCAAUCCCCUCUGCGAGCAAGACCAGGACUUCCUGAACAUGGUGACAGCCCUGGACACAGCCAUGAAGCGGAUGGACGCCUUCAACCAGGAGAAGGUGAACCAGAUCCAAAAGACCGUGAUUGAACCCUUAAAAAAGUUUGGCAGUGUCUUCCCGAGCCUCAACAUGGCGGUGAAGCGGCGGGAGCAGGCCUUGCAGGACUACAGGAGAUUACAGGCCAAGGUGGAGAAGUACGAGGAGAAGGAGAAGACGGGGCCAGUGCUGGCCAAACUCCACCAGGCCCGAGAAGAACUUCGGCCCGUGCGGGAUGACUUCGAGGCCAAGAACAAGCAGCUCCUGGAUGAGAUGCCGCGUUUCUACAAUAGCCGCCUGGACUACUUCCAGCCCAGCUUUGAGUCCCUGAUCCGAGCGCAGGUUGGGUACUACUCUGAGAUGCAGAAGAUCUUUGGAGACCUGACCCAGCAGCUUGACCAGCCCGGCCACACUGAUGAGCAGCGGGAGAGGGAGAAUGAGGCCAGACUGAGCGAGCUCAGAGCCCUCUCUAUUGUGGCCGAUGACUGAGUCCCCGCCACCCUUUCGAAGACUCCUGGGAUACAAGCCAGCCUCUCUGGUCUUUGCCCUUGUCAAGCUUAGGCUCAGGCGACAGCCAGCAAAAGGCCCUCCCCCGAGAGACGUAUGGGGCCAGCAGUGGCCCCUGUUCUACCUCACUCGACUUCUGCAGGGAGCCUGGCACCAGGAGCCCCAAGCAGGCUGCUGUCUCCCCACCCAUAGCAAGAGCCCAGGCGGGUAAGCAGCGCAGAAAAACUGCAAGGGCCUUGUUUCCGAAAGAACCGUCCAAAGGACAGCCUGGCCUAGGGCCCGAGCAAGCGUCCAGACUUCAAGGACACAGCUCUGCCCGCUCACCUGAGGUCUCAGCCUUGCCUGCAUGGUCGUGAUCACACCUACCUCCAAAGACCCACCCUGGGGAGUCCACCCGCCCCCUCCCCCCUUGUUGCCUGUACCCUUCAGACUCCUCUGUUCUGGGAGAGGCCCAAGACACUGCCUCUCCUCUAGCCCAGACUCCCAGAAUGACAAAAGCUGGCUUUGCCCACUUCUUGCCCUUAGGUCAGGGGCAGAGAAGAACCCCAAGCCUUGUAGGUUCCCUAGGAAACCAGACUCCGCGCAUGUAAAUAGGCUUCCAGCCACCUAAAAUGUCACAGCCCGGGUCACAGGCUCAAAGCAAAAACAGUGGGUGUGUCUCACCUGCAUAUUUGGAAAUUUUAUUUUUUCAAGUAACGUUUUCAAUAAACUUGCCAGCUGUUUA